UAAUUUAUGUCUAUGAAGCCUCUGUCAAUAGAGGAGACUAUUAUGGUUCAUAGUGGUAAAAGCACACAUACAGCAAAAGGUGACCUUUAUUAGUAUGACUUUGCACCUACAUUAGGCUUUAUCAAAUGCAAAAACUAUCAGAUAUUGCAACAUACAUACAUGUAUGCAUGUAAUAUUACCAGGGAUUUGAAAAUCUGUUAAGAGCUUUAGUCUUGCAGGAGUUAACAAUUUGUUUAGGAAAUCUCAGGAUGGAAAGGGCUCUUUCUGUGUAUUCUUGCUCUUAAUGUAGGUGUUCAUUACUACAAAUCCGAUGAUGCAUAAAAAGAAAUCUACUACCACCCCAUCUUUGUUCUGAGGUUAUGAUAGGUUAAGUGGGGAAUUAAGUUGUCUUUAUUUGUUGCUUCCUGUGGACUUUGUAGCUGGAGGUGUCAUUAUUCCUAAUAAGAACAUCUAGGAAUGGUAAGGAAUCAUACUGCUCUUCUAAGGUGAACUGUAUAGAGGGUUCCACAUGGAUGAAUUGGUCCCUGAAGCUGUGAAGAUUGAAUGUUUAAGUAGUAUAACUAACACAUCAUUGACAUACCUUAACCAUGUAAUUUGGUGGGAUUGAUGUGGGCAAACCUGCUUCUGUUUAGAUGGUCAAAAUAGAGAAUGGUCAGUACUGCACUAAGAGAACCCAUGGCUAUCCCAGAUGUCUAUUGUAUAACCUGUCUUCACAUGAGAACAGGUUGAAAGUCCACACAGUUUGAUUAAGUCAAUGAAAUCCUCUGCAGGUACAUUUUCAAAAAUAACUCCAUAGGGAAGCAGAGAAGAAUCUUCCCUCCAUAAGCAGUGUUUGUCAUAAAAAGAAGAAAAACUUUGCUUUUUCUUUUUUGGGUCAUCUUGCCUUGGUGGGAGAUGGCCAUUGUAUUAAGUGAAUUCAGAAAUGAGUAGAAAUAGCAUGUAGAUAUACUUAAUGUACAUACAAUAUAUAGAAUUAUUUAUAUAAUCCUAUCUCAGAAUUGUGAUCAGUUUUCUUGGUCAAGUAUACUUGGACUCUUAUCUACUUUCAAUUUAAUUAAUCAUUGUUUUAUGUUUAGAAAACUUGUUAACUAAUUGCUAGUUAAUGCUAUACAGAUCAUGAAUUUUUAAUGCUCCAUUGUCACACAGGUGCAAGGAAAAACUGCUUCCUGACAUACCAAGAAAGUUGAGCUGCAUCGGCAGUCAUCAAGCUCAUGGUAGUUUUGUGUGCUCGUGCAUUAUUUGGCUGAAAAGAAAAUACAGUAAAGAAUAAAAAGGCACAAUACCGUGACUGGAAGCAUACAAUAAACAUGGGAAACUGAAACUUAAGAUGACAUUUCACUCCGACUUGGACCAUUAACUAGUCAGAGACAAAGCCAGACUGACGCGCAAGCGGCUGGCAGCGGUGGGUUGACAUGUACCAUAUGGCUGAUAAGCAAAAUAACGGCUGAUAACCGGAAGCUGAAAAACCGGCUGCUAUGCGGAGCAACCGAUAACCGAGGGUCCACUGUAUACCCUAUCUUGGCGAGAGAUGGCCGGUCUACACUGAUAGUGAACAUGCAGUGCAGUAACAGUAUUCAGUGUUAUAAAGCUGUUGUAACAUUCAGUGCCAUACGGUUCUUGUAACGAUCAUAAGACUGUUGUCAGUGGUAUACGGUGUUAUUAAUACCUUAUCAUCACAAACAUUGUACCGUGUUAUUAAGAACAUAUCAUUGUUACAAUCACUGUACAGUGUUAUUAAGAGUACCACAUCAUCACAAAACACUAUAUACUGCUGUUAAUAAUACCACAUCAUUUCUAACACUACAGUGUUAUUAAGAACACAUCAUUACACACAUUGUGCAGUACUAUUAGGGGCUCCAUAUCAUCACAAACACUACAGUGUCAACAUGUUUGAAAAUUCCCCUCAAUAACCUAAGAUGAUGUUGCUUCCUCAGCACCUGGUGUACUAUGAAGAUAAAUUGCACUAAAAAUUGACUUACCAAAAGGCCUUUGCAUGUAAUAUCAGUAGCAACGAAUUUACAAGUCAAGGGGUGCUCUGUGACCUGUGCUGGUCUAGCACUUUUAUGUGAAUAAUUAUUAAUACUGUAUAUGGAGUUAGUAAUUUUUGUUAAUUUUUCUCAACUGUUUAUACUGUGUUUUUAAGACCUUAUACAAGAGUAAAAUCCUGCAUUGGAUAAUGAAAAGAUUUUAUGUGAGGCUUUAAACCUGUGUGGGUCACAACACAAGAAGUGGUGAAGGCUUAUUCUUCUUUCCAUGUGGGUCAUUCAACACAAGGAGUGACAGAUUCACAAUCAUCUGUCUGCUUAUUGCAAGACAUAUAUGAUAUACACAAUUUUUUUGACUCGGGCAUUGUGUGAAGGUUAAACUUCUCUUGAACUACUGUUCUAUUUAGCAGUAAUGCAAAUAAAUUAAGAUGUUACACCUGCUACUCCAAAUUUGAUGUUUACUUUAUUGUAUUCCAAAUUUUCUAUCCACAACUUGAAUAGAACAUAUUAUGUAACUUAGUUGUAAAAUAUUCUAGUCACUGUAUUCUGAUUUAUUCAUGUGCUUGGAUUUUCUAAAGUUCAAUCUCAAGUUUGUUGCUCGACAUCAAUGCAUCAGUAUGAUCAUUUCAGUUAAUCAUACUUUUCUUUAAUAUUUACAAAUGUUUUCGUAUUUCUGUAUAUUCUAGAGUAUAAGGUGCUGUAUGACCCACACAGGUUUGAUCCAUUUUUAGGACUGCUACUUUUAUUACUAAUAGUUGCAAUAUAAAUGUCAUCUUUGUAUAGAAACACUAAUUCCUGAAAUUGAAAAUUUAUGGUCAUAUAACAUUUAGUUUCUCACUGUCAGUUAUUUAUUUUUGAGAAAUAUGAUUUUCUCUUGAAAAACUGUAUGUAGUGUUGUGUAAAUCUUUCUACACAGAGUAAUGUCUAGGAGGAAAUACAGAGGAGUAUUUACUAUAUAGUUUAGGGUGAGAAUUUUCAGCAAGUUUUAGAGAAUUAUUAAAAUAUUUAGUUUUUAAAUUAUUAUAAGACAUAUAAUAAAUUAUUUUUUUUACCUCAACAGCCAUAUCCUACUAAGGUAGGGUGACUGAAAGAAUAAGACACAUUAACCAUUAUUCAUUCUGUCAGUUUUUUCCAGAAUUGUGUUGACAAUAUAAUACAGAUUACUCUCUUGACUACAUCGUCCCCACCCUCCCUCUUGACUACAACAUCUCCACCUUUCCUUUGAAGUUCAGGCAUUGCCUUUCUUUCCUCUAGCACUCAAGUUUGGCUAACUGUUUUUUCUGGUAUCCCUUCGUAGAAGUUACAUAUUGUUAGAAAUCAUUUCAUUUUUUAUGGUCAGGUUUUGCCGCACCAAUAUACCUUAGCAUCAUUUUUUAGAAAAUAAUAUAUUUAUGAUUUAAUGUCACAGUAUUUGUUUAUAAAUAUCAGUACAUUAUACCAACACAGUUCAGUAUAUUGUCUUAAGUGUUCUUCACUUUCUAGACAUAUAAGUGAAGUUUUAGAACACACACACCCAGGAGCUUAUUCAGUGUAAAAACCACAGUGUUGUGUCACAACUACCUCUUACCAAAUACUUGCAACAAUGCAUGUGAAUGUUGAUACAGAAGAAGAGAAGCCUUAUCAGUGCUCCGUGUGCCAAAAGCAAUUUCCCAAAAAAUCUAAUUUAUUAAAGCAUGGAAGAGUUCAUACAGAUGAGAAAGUACACCACUGUACUGAAUGUCCAAGAAGCUUCACAUAUAGAUCAAAUCUAGUAAUACAUAUGAGAAUUCAUUCAGGUGAGAAACCUUAUCAGUGUUCUGUUUGUCAAAAAGACUUUCGGCAAAAAUCAGGUUUAACGUCUCAUAUGAGAGUUCACACAGGAGAGAGACCUUUUAAGUGUCCAGUGUGUGAGAGUAGCUUUACAUUGAAAGCACAUGUGGCAGGACACAUGAGAGUCCAUACAGGAGAGAAACCAUACCAGUGUUCAGAAUGUCUGAAAUACUUUACGAAAAAGUCAAGUCUAGCAAUACAUGAGAGAAUUCAUUCAGGAGAGAAGCCAUACUCAUGUUCAGUGUGUCUGAAAAACUUUCGACAAAAAUCUGAUCUUAUAUCUCACGUUAGACUUCAUACUGGUGAGCGACCUUUUCACUGUACAAAGUGUUUAAAAACCUUUACGCUAAAAUCACAUUUAGCAGUACAUAUGAAAGUGCAUACAGGAGAGAAACCAUACAAGUGUUCUGAGUGCACAAAAUAUUUUACAACAAAAUGUUAUCUUAAAAAACACAUGAGGAUCCAUACUGGAGAGAGACCUUAUCCUUGUACAGAAUGCAUAAAAACUUUCACAUGUAAAUCAUACCUUGAAUCUCACAUGAGAGUUCAUUCGGGAUACAAACCCUAUCAGUGUUCAGAGUGCCUAAAAAGCUUUUCCAAAAAAUCUAAUCUAGUAACACAUGUAAAACUACAUACUGGAGAGAAACCUUAUCGAUGUUUAGUAUCUAAGAAACUCUUCACAAAAAAACUCACUUGAUAAUGCAUGUGAGAAUUCAUGCAGUUAUGAAAAUCCAGUAUAGUAAUCAAUGCUGUAGCUCGUGCAAGAGAAAAUUUUAUAUGACCUUUCAAAGUAUGUCUUAAAGGGAAUGGACAAUUAAGGAUUUAUAACAGUUAUAAUCUAGUAACAGAAUUAAAGUCAAAGUAGGUGUUGAAUCAUAUUUAUAUGUAGAAAGCUUUUAACCCUUUGAGGGUUUCGGCCGUACUAGUACGGCUUACGACCCAGAGUUUUUGACGUACUAGUACGCCUAAAUUCUAGCGCCCUCAAAUCUAGUGGGAGAAAGCUGGUAGGCAUACAUAUAAAAGAAUGGGUCUAUGUGGUCAGUGUGCGCAGUAUAAAAGAAAUCCUGCAGCACACAGUGCAUAAUGAGAAAAAAAACUUUGACCGUGUUUUUGGAAUAAAACAGCAACUUUGCACUGUAUUUUUGUAUGGUAUUUAUUGUUUAAUUCUAGUUUUCUUGGUCUCAUUUUAUAGAAUGGAAGACAUAUUACAGAAAUUGAGAUGAUUUUGACUGGUUUUACAAUGAAAAGUACCUUGAAAUUGAGUUCAAAGUAGCAGAAAUGUUCGAUUUUUACCAAAGUUCAAAAGUAAACAAAUCAUGCCAAGCGUCCAAUACACGUCAACUGGUGAGUUUAAUAUUAUUUCACAAGUGCGCUGAUAUUAUUUAUACUAUUUCUACACUAAUGCAGCAGUCUGCAUAACAGUAAAUCUUCUAUUUUUUGUAAAAAUAAAAAUUGAAAGUGGAAAGCCGAUGAAAUAUAAGAGGGGCCUGGGGAUGCAACUAACGAACAGAGAAAAUGUUAUUUUAGUGCCAGGAAUGUCUUUCUUGUUUAUUCUGGACCCUAUUUGGAAAUUGGCAUUUUUUUAAAUUUGUGUGAAAUUGGAAAAAUUGCUAAUUCUGACCACUGUAUUGGAUAGUUGAAAUUAGUAAAUGGGUGGUUUCUUGCACUCAUUCAAUAGAAAAAAUGGAGUUCUAGAGAAAUAGUUAUGAUUUUUGUCGACUAGUACACUGGAAUUGGCCGAAAAUAGGGCUCAAAGUGGGCAAAAUUGCCGAUGCGUAAAGAUCGUCAAGACCGCUAACUUCGAAAGAGCAUAAUUCCGUAAGCUUUCCAUCAAAUUUCAUACCUUUGGUGUCAUUAUGAUUGGGAAAAGAUUCUCUAUCUUUUCAUAAGAUUUUUUUUUUUUUUUUUUUUUUAAAUUUGGCCGACCCUGAGAACAAGUCUCGGAGAGGGCCUGUCGACCCUCAAAGGGUUAAUAUAAAUAUAUUCUAAUAUAUUUGAGUGUUUUUAAAAAUAGAAAAAAAAAUUUUUUUUACCUCAGCUGCCAUCUGCCAAGGCAGAGUGACUCAAAGAAAAAAAAAAUUCAUCAUCAUUCAUUCAGUUGCUGUCUUGCCAGAAAUAUUCUAAAAUCUAAAUUCAGAUUACCCUCUGACUGCAGUCCCCCCUUCCCUCUAGAAUGCAGGCACUGCCCUUCCCACUUCCACAAUUCAAGGCCAGCUAACCUGUUUCCCUAAAUCACUUCAUAAAAGCUACCUUGCUUACACUCCAACAGCAUAUCCAUUAAAAACCACUUGUUACCAUUCACUUUUAUCUAACAUUCUUACUUAAGCCUACUGGAUGUUCAAGCCCCUAAAACUCGAAGCCUUUUUCAUCUCCCUUCAACUGUUCCUGGGAUGGCCCCUUUCCCUCCUACUUUCUAUCACUUAUUGUAUGGCAAGUUUAUUCUAUUAACACUUCAUUUAGGAAACAAUUUGUAAAAUCAUGUAGACUGCAAUAAUAUAUAUUGCUAUAUUAAUUAGAAUUAGAAGAAUUACAAUUGUAUAUAUCAUACCUGAAUGAAACGUGUAAUUGUAAUUGAAGCUGAACUUCACCAAAAUUAAUGUUAAACUUUGCGAGUUUAUACGACACAAGGCUUGGAAGACAAAAUAAGCAGCUAGAAAAUUACAGUGGACCCCGGUAUUCGAUGGCAUCAGUAUUCGAUAAAUCCGGUAUUCGAUGCGUUUUAACGCAAAAAUUUUGCCUCGGUAUCCAAUUGAAAACCCAGUAUUCGAUACGAUUCGUACGAGACGUGUCCACUUGUGGCCUGAACUGCCCCGUGUGUGCCAGUGUUUACAAGCCAGCCAGUGUGCGCGCAUCUAAAGAUACAUUCGGUACAUUCCAUAUUAUCACUGUUUUUGGUGCUUGUUUCUGCAAAAUAAGUCACCAUGGGCCCCAAGAAAGCUU